UUAAACAUAGUGUAUUAUUUUCACCUAAAACACGUUGUAUAUAUGUACACAAAAUAUCUUUAUGGUUAUAUUGACAAUUGAUGCAAGAUCACAUGGCGAUCAGACCAGUCCAGUUUUGCCAGAUUUGUAGUCAUUGCAGAAAGUGACAUUUACAACAAGAAAAUAUCACAUGUAUUUUCAGUUGAAUGUAAUCAACAUAAUCCUAAAUUAUAAUAUUUGUAGUCUAGAAUUUUAUCAUAAAAUACAAAAAUGAAUACAAAUAAGGCAAAGUUGUCGAAAAGUAUAUUAGAAAUGAAAUUUAUGAAACGAACUAAAGAAAAAAUAGAAAAAGAACAGUUUCAAGAAGAAGGUGAAGAAUAUUUUGGAAAUGAAUUAACAAAACGUAUGAAACAAGAAUCAGAAAGAUUCAUCAUUGAACCUAGUUAUACCUUCUGUGAAAAAUUAAUUGAAGGUAGGGUAAGUUUUCAAGGAAUGAAUCUAAAAAUAGAAAAACUAAUGGAAGAAAAAGAGAAUCAUAAAACUUUAGAAGAAACAAGUAAAGAAACAGAUAUUUCAGAUGCACAAAUGACACAAGAUUGGAAAGGGUAUAAGAAAAAGAUAACAACUGAACAUAAUUAUAAAUUGUCAAAAGAAAGUAAUAAUGAAUUUGAACCAGUAGUAAAAAAACCAAAAUUUUUAAAACCUCAAGAUUAAAUAAAAAACAUUUGUACAUAUAUGUAUAUCAACUUAGUAUGAGUUUUUAUUAUAAAAUUUAUAUAUAUUUAAUACAUA